GCGCCACCUAUUGGUGGCACUUAGCUACUGGACGCACGCACCUGCGAUCGUAGUGCAUGAUUGAUUGGAAUUUACACGGUGGAGGGUCUGUGGUCGAAACAUCAGUUGGCCAGUCAUCAGUGCCAUGCCCGUGUGAUGCCUUCAGAAACUCAGUGAAUCCUUUCAAACACUUCCAGUGAAUAAACUCCUGGGAUAGUCUCCCAUACUGCCAGACCUGAGCUGAAGAGCCAUGUAGUCCUCCACUCUGAGAAACGUUACUUAAGAAUCUGACUAUCAGCGUCCAGCCGUGAUGCUGGCACGCUGGUAGUUUGCCGUCUUUAUUCGCCUUCUUUUGCUGAGGAUGGGAAGUGGUUCGAGUACCUCCAAGUCGAGUACGCCAUCACCAGCAUCGUCGAAGACAUCAUCAGCAAAAAUGCCCGAGCCGUCCAGCCGCGGGACCAGCCGCGGUCGGCGGCAGUUUGAGGAGGUUGAAUUUGAGGACCCCAACGCACCCCGCCGCACUUCUCAGGGAAGCUCGUCGAACGGGUACGCGGGCGGGAUGGCCGCCCAGCCCAACUAUGGGAAUUCCUAUGGGGGACCCCAGGCGCAAGAUCCUUACGGGGGCGGUUAUGGUGCCUAUGGGGGUUUAGGGGACACCCGCAGGAUCAGUGGCAGCACGCUGGGCAUGGGGUUAACUCCCAGCAGCGAGUGGUGAAUGCCUUGCAGUCACACUACCAGCAGGCCCAAGCUGCCCCUCAACUCGCCCCUCAGCCUAACCAGGAUCCGGAUGAGUUUUUGUCAAUGGCGCUGCAGAUGCAAGAACUGGUAAGAUCUUUUUAUUUGUGUACACAGGGUA